UGUGUGAACUUCAUUGUUGGUUUGGAGAAAAAGUGGCACAAAUCACAAAUGAUUCAGUGCAUGCAUUAAAAAAACUUGUUUAUGUGUAUUUUCUUUCACGAUAAGCCUGUGCACACACAACGAAACAGUGAAUUUGUUUUCUUUGUCCUCUGCCACCACCACCAGCACUUUAUUAAUAUUUGACGUAAUAAGUGUUCUUAUCCACAGUAAAGUUCAUUUUUAACAACGGCGCGGUUCAUCGAAGUGUUGUGUUUUCUUUGUGCGAUAGCUGCUACCCCUUGAUGACCAGUGGAUAAAACUGGUUGGUAGUAAACUAUACAAACUCUUUUUCCCCGAUUCCAUGAGCCCACAUCGCACCCGUAGGAUGAGCCAUAGUUACAAUGACAUCCCAGUGGGUGUAUUGGCUGUACAAAAGUUAGCACGUAGCUGUUGUCCCCAACUACGAUGGAAAAAAGAAACAAUAUUCAAAGCGUCAACUUUUGUGUUGACCUACUUAGCCUAUACUUGUUAUCAUAUGUCCCGUAAACCGAUAUCUGUUGUCAAAUCGGUUUUGCACACAAAUUGCAGUGACACAGUAGUGCACAACACGUCAUCAAACGAUUGUGGCUAUGCACCAUUUGAUGAUUCAAAUGCUCCUGCCUUAUUUGCCGCCUUGGAUUCGGCCUUUCUGUUUUCCUAUGCCGCUGCCAUGUUUGUGUCAGGCUUUGUGGCAGAACGUGUGUCACUACGCUACUUCUUGGCAUUUGGCAUGAUCUUUUCGGGUGUCUUUUCGUAUUUGUUUGGCAUAGCCAAAACGUGGAGUAUUCAUGCAAUGUCGUAUUUUAUAUUUGUACAAGUCUGUGCUGGCAUAAGUCAAACAACGGGAUGGCCUGGUGUUGUUGCACUAAUUGGCCGUUGGUUUGGCAAAUCGAAACGUGGUUUAAUAUUUGGCAUAUGGAAUAGUCACACAUCGAUUGGCAACAUAUUGGGUACCCUUAUCGCAGCCCAGUAUGUGGAAAAGGAUUGGGCCUUGUCAUUCAUAAUGCCGGGCAUAAUAAUUGCCGUUAUUGGUUUUGUAUUGUUUCUAUUCCUUGUCGAUUGUCCCGAAAUGGUGGGAUGUAAUCCUCAGGCAUCGAGUACCGUGGUGGAUAGAUCACCGCCCAAUGAUUCGGAUAUUGAGGAUAAUGCUUAUGAUGCGGAUGUAAAUUAUCGCCCCUCGGAACGAACCCCCAUCCUUGAUCGACCCACAGCCCAUGGCAAUGCCCAUGGCGAACGACCAAUUGGCCUCAAAGAUGCCCUACUCAUACCGGGUGUUAUAGAAUUCUCACUUUGCCUAUUUUUCUCCAAAUUAGUUAGCUAUACAUUCCUUUACUGGCUGCCACUAUAUAUACAAUCUUCGAGUACGCUGGGACCUACCCUAUCGGCCGAUUUAUCCAUACUCUUUGAUGUGGGUGGUAUAUUUGGUGCUAUUGUUGCUGGUAUGAUAUCCGAUUGGUCGGGUAUGUCAGCCACAACGUGUACAGUGAUGUUAUUCCUGGCAUCACCUGUGCUUUUGGUUUAUCAAGAAUAUGGAGCCACCUCAGUAUUUGUUAGUGUAUUCUUAUUAAUGGUUGCCGGUUUUUUGGUAAAUGGACCCUACGCUUUAAUUACCACAUCUGUGAGUGCCGAGCUGGGUCAACAUAGCUCAUUGGAGGGUAAUGCCAAGGCCUUGGCCACAGUCACAGCCAUUAUAGAUGGCACUGGAUCCAUAGGUGCUGCGGUGGGUCCUCUUAUGGCCGGCAUGAUCUCCAGUGCUGGCUGGCAAAAUGUUUUCUAUAUGUUAAUUAUAUCGGAUUUCAUUGCAAUGCUUUUAUUGGUUCGAUUGGUUAAAAAGGAAUGCACAAGAGUGACCAGAUCACGAAUACGCAUAGAAUAAUUUGUAUGAUUUGUUAUUGUUUCUUGAAAAUGUAUGUGUGUGCGUGCGUCCGUAUAUGUGUGUAUAUAAACGAAUAUUUAACAACAAUGCCUUCUCAAUCAUAUCUCUGAUCUGUUUCCAACAAAAAAGUCAACAAUCACAAUUUUAAAAUUUAUAAAAAAAGAUGGAUUUUAUGACUUUAAGCCA